GCUCAUCGUCACUUAUUAGUUAUCAAUGUGGAGCCUGUGGCAACAGCAACUGUGUAAUCUUAUCGGACCAAAAUAAAUCGUUUUGAUCACAUUCAAUGCUUCAUUUAAAGGCUGCAGAUCCGUGUUUCUUUUUCAUUUUCAUCACAUUUAGUGUCCUAUCAACUUGUCAGACGUUUCUCAAAAAUGGAUCCGGAGGAAGCUUUUAAAGAAUAUCAAGCACAGAUGCAAAGUUUCAAGUGCAAAAAGCUCGUUUUUAAAGAGUUUGGUGACCCGUUGAAUGUUGUUCACCUAGAGGAUUGCAAUGUGAAAGAGCCUUACGGUAAUGAGGUGCUGGUGAAGAUGCUGCUAGUGCCGGUGAACCCGGCCGACAUAAACAUGAUUCAGGGGAAGUACCCGGUGAAGCCGAAGCUGCCAGCCACUCCGGGGAUGGAGGGUGUCGGUGAGAUCUUCGAGACCGGCUUCAAUGUCACCCGUUUGGGCGAAGGUGACCGCGUCAUCCUUAGCGGUGAGCCGAUUGGUUCUUGGUCCUCUCUUGCCCUAUUCGAAGCUAAUGAUGUCAUCAAGGUGCCGAAAAGAGUGCCAAUAGAGAUUGCAGCCGGUUUGGUCAUUAACACGGUCACCGCCCACCGAAUGCUAACGGACUUUGUUGAGCUAGGCCCGGGUACCAAUGUAAUUCAAAACGGAGCCAACAGCGCCUGCGGCCAGAAUAUAAUUCAACUUUGCAAACUUUGGGGCCUCGUUUCUAUCAACAUCGUGCGGAAUCGACCCAAUGUGGAGGAGCUCAAAAAGCAGCUCACUGAUUUAGGCGCCAACUAUGUCUACACCGAGGAGGAAUUCAAUGCAUUAGAUGAAAAGGACUUCUUUUUCACACGACCGAAAUUGGCUUUGAAUUGUGUGGGUGGACCAUUACUGACCCGUAUGCUGAAGUUCAUGGCCCCUGGCGCUACGGUGGUAACUUACGGGGGCAUGUCUUACAAACCAAUCACGGCACCGACCACCUCCUUCAUAUUCGACGACCUCAAGUUCAAAGGCUUCUGGCUGAAACGAUGGAACGAGGACUACAGAAACAAGGACAAGAAGGAAUCCAUGAUGAACGAACUUUUCGAGCUAUCUGCCAAAGGAUUCCUUCACGCUCCUGCGCACAAGUUUGUCCCGUUCGAAAAGUUCAAAGAAGCACUAGAGAAUACAUUGUCGCCCAAAGGAUUAGUUGGACAUAAGUGCAUACUCGAUUUCAGGGAGAUGCACGCGGAACAGGAAAAAGAGUGGGCCAAAGAGAGGGAGAUUAGGAAGGCCAAAGAAAAGGAGGAAAUAAAAAGGAAGGGAGCCAUUGCGAAAGCGGAUUUAGAAAAAGUGAUGAAGGAGAGAGAAAAGCAAAAGACGGAGGAGAAAGAUAAAGGGAAGAAGUAAAGAAGUAGGGGAUGAAAAAUCAGUUUAGAUUCUGUAAGUAAAAAAAAAAAAUUAAAAAUCUAAAAAAUUAUUUUCUAGUUCUGUUACGAACUACUCAUAAGUGGACCGCGCAUGAAGCAUGAAAUGGUUAUUGCGCUGACUCGCAUAAAACCCCUACUAAACGAGUGAUAGGCAAACUAUGUUGCUUAAGAGUGCGGGUAUGAGAUUAGACCUCUCACUUUGAAGGCUGGUUAUUAUUCCGAAAGAAUUUGUGACGGGAGAAGAUUUCACUUCUCUUCCCUGAAAGAAUUUUACUGUUUUCCACCUCUAAUCUUUCGUCUUUUAGUUUGCUUGUAAUUCAAUUGGUAAUUCUAUACGAGUUAUUUAAUAGGGCCUGCUUAUUAUAACAUAAAAGGAUAACAAGGAUAUUAUCGGCAUAUACUAUAGUUUCUCUGCAGCGGGGUCGGUUCUUAAUCUAACAAUUUCAUCGAAUAAGAUGAUGAACAGGAGAAGCCCGAUAUCUGAUCCUUGACUGAUUCCACUAUUUAUUGAGAAAAUAAGCCUCUCACAGAUAAUAGAUCGCCAGUAAAGUAACUUUUGAUAGAUUGUAUAAGGUAAGGUGCUACUCCCUUUUAUUCCAAAACAUUUAUUAUGUCAUUGUACUCGGCAGAAUUAAAAGCAUUCUUGAUAUCUAACCCUAAAACACACAUCAAUUUCCUUCUAUGUAUCGGGUCCCUUCAAGAAUUAAUUGAAUAAUUUUUAAGACAAAGUGUGUUUUUGUUGUGUAUUGUUGUCGCGACAUCCGCUUGUUAACGCACGGAUUCUCAAUAACACCAUAACGCUUCUUUUUUUCAUGUUGACGGCAUUGUUCAAGACGGCAUGUUACAGUUUUUUAGCCUCUAUAGUGAGAUAUCAGCUUUAUGCUGAAUUUAACGCACGUUGGCUGAAGAACUCCAACAUGCCGUCAAAUCUAUUAAGUUUGCUAAUUUGUCUGCCAAUAAACUUUUCAGUACCCCACCA